AAUAUCCGAGGGCUGCUUGCUGAGGGAGGGAAUAGAAAUGUUUGUUUAGUGUCACAUGAUUGCUGUCCGAAAGAAAACGAAGGUUUGAGGCUGGCAGAGGAGCUUAAUGAAAUGUAAUGGAAGAAUGUUUGGAAAGAAAAGAGAAUCGCUGGGGUAAGAAGUUGAAUCACAACUUACAGUUGACAACAACGGGUGUGUUACCGGUGUUAAACAGAAUGUCUUUAAAUAAUACCAGGGGUUCAGUUUACACCUACCAGUCUUCAGUCCACAGUUCACACAUUCUUCUUUGCCUGAAUGAUCAAAGACAGCGUGAUGUACUUUGUGACGUGACUAUUGUGGUAGAAGACCGGAGGUUUCGUGCACACCGUUCUUUGGUUGCUGCCUGCAGUGAUUAUUUUCAUUCAAGAGUUAUAGGUCAAUUGGAAGCUGGCCUUGUUAUUACACUUCCUACAGAGGUAACAGUAAAAGGAUUCGAACCAUUGCUUGAGUUUGCAUAUACUGCCAAACUUUUAUUAAUCAAAGAAAAUGUUCUAGAGGUCUGUAGUUGUGCAGAUAUUUUGGGUUUCCACAACUUGGAAAAAACAUGCUUUAAUUUUAUUAUAGCAAAGUUGUUUGAAAGUAGGACAGACCCACAGGAUAGUCCCAGAAAACUGUGCUGCAAAACAAAAUGCUGGAAGUCAAAGUCCCAAGCCAUCCAGGAAGAUUCUUUAAGUUUAAACAUAGAUGAUGUUGGAGUUGAAUUCUUGGACAGUGUAUCUCAAAGGAGCUUUGUUUCUGGACUGCUAGAAUCGGAGAAAGAUACAGUAAUAUACUCGAAAUUAGCAGAAGUAUCAGCAAGUUGCAGCCCAAACUGUUCUGAGAGAGACGCACAGGCAGGUUAUUCAUCUUUAUGCCCCAAAUACAGGAAAUUUCAGCUUGCUUGUGGGAAAGAUGGGUGCAACCCCUCGCUAGAGGAUAUUCAGACUCCGCAGUUUCUCCAAACAACACAAUAUGAAAUCUGCAGCCUUACAGAUGGAAACACUGAUGAAGGAAAGGGAAAUACCACCGGCAAUAUUGACACCGAAUCAAAAAUGGGAGAACAUUGCGAGAGUGAAACUUGCCACCCUUUUGUCCCACAUGUUUUGGAGGAUCCUAGUGGUGUUUGUGCCUUGCAGCCCAGCUUAAUUUGUAGUCAACCUCAUGGGUCAACACCUAACACAUCAGAUCACUGCAGUUUAAAUACACUUGAAAUGUAUGGUGUCACAGAUUCUGUAGAAGGUAGUGCUCCAGAGAAUGAUGGUAAUGAAAAAACUAUAGAAACAGUCCUACCUGAGCCUUCAUUCUCAAAUUGUGGUGUCGAAGUUCAGGAUGUUAACCAAACUGCCUGUACUGGAAGAAGUAGUGUCGAGAGAGAGGUCGCUGAACAUCUAGCAAAGGGAUUUUGGAGAGAACUUAACACCAGACAAGAAGGUUCUUUUGACACAGUGCCACGUCCUCUGCAGCAGUCAUCCGAGAAAACUCCUGAGUGUCCUUGGUUAUCAAUAAGUAUAAGUGAAAUGUAUGAACCUCAGUCUGAUUUUGCUGCAGGCGCUACAGAUUGCCCCUUCUUGAGCAAGCUUAAUAGUGAUGGUUGCUGUGAAAGGUUUGAGGAGCAGAGAACUGAAUGCGACCAAGGAUCGCAGCAGGAGAAAAGCCCUUGCAUCUCUUCAGUCAACUCGGGAGACGAAUCUGACUUUGACACAGAGGGAGACAGUGAGUCGUACACCAGAGAGCGAGCACGUGAGAAGAUGACCCACACCACAGUGCUUUGCAAUCAUCAAUUCAAGAUGACCCACACCACAGUGCUUUGCAAUCAUCAAUUCAAGAUGACCCACACCACAGUGCUUUGCAAUCAUCAAUUCAAGAUGACCCACACCACAGUGCUUUGCAAUCAUCAAUUCAAGAUGACCCACACCACAGUGUUUUGAAAUCAUCAAUUCAAGAUGACCCACACCACAGUGCUUUGCAAUCAUCAAUUCAAGAUGACCCACACCACAGUGCUUUGCAAUCAUCAAUUCAAGAUGACCCACACCACAGUGCUUUGCAAUCAUCAAUUCAAGAUGACCCACACCACAGUGCUUUGCAAUCAUCAAUUCAAGAUGACCCACACCACAGUGUUUUGAAAUCAUCAAUUCAAGAUGACCCACACCACAGUGCUUUGCAAUCAUCAAUUCAAGAUGACCCACACCACAGUGUUUUGAAAUCAUCAAUUCAAGAUGACCCACACCACAGUGCUUUGCAAUCAUCAAUUCAAGAUAACCCACACCACAGUUCAUUGCAAUGAUCAAUUUCAGAUGUUAGAUAGGCAUGAAUCAGAAUCUCAGUCUUUUUGUGAAAGGUAAAAAUGGAUUUUUGUAAUAUUAUAUAGGUGGUAAAAAGAUGAUUUAACCAUGAUGAGAGUUGAGCCUCAAAACUAAGUCUAAAAUGACUCCCAAGUUUCCUACUGAGGUUGAUACAACAAUAUAACGGCCACAGGACAUCAAAGAUCGUGAUGUAGUCUGGUGUUGUUUAAGUGCCUACCAAAAGAAACUCUGUCUUUUUGGAGUGUAGCUUGAGGAAGUUGUUAGUCAUCCAAUCAGGCCAAUAACCUAGAUAGACAAUUCCUUGGCCUGUGCACAAAUGAAUAUUUGGAACGAUUUAUGGCAGUUGUAGAUAUAGAGAACCAUGUAGAGAAAGUGAAGGGACCAUCAGUACAACAGUCUUUGGAGGCAAAUACUCCAUUAUGGGCCGUCAAUUAUCAGCAUUUUCUGAAAGUGUACAAAGCGUGUGGGGA